AUGAGCAUGAAAGGGGUAGAACAACUGGGCUUAAAAUAAUGAAACUUGUAGUCCACUAGGGAGACCAAGAUGAAUUAAUUAUUUGACAGGCUUUGGCAAUCACAGUACUGGGGUUAUCUUUAUAAAUAGCAGAGAAUGAUGAACUGAAGAUCCAUAUCAUAACCAGCAAGGAGCAAGAAUAAGACCAACAACAGCAUCAAGAACAAGGAUGACAGGACUUGGCUCACCAUGUGGCGCGUGCAAGUUCCUACGCAGGAAGUGUGUGAAGGGGUGUGUCUUCGCCCCAUACUUCUGCCAUGAGCAAGGUGCUGCACACUUUGCCGCUAUCCAUAAGGUAUUUGGGGCAAGUAAUGCCUCAAAGAUCCUUAUGCAUCUCCCUGUUAGUGACCGCUGCGAGGCUGCAGUGACCAUGUCAUAUGAGGCGCAGGCUAGGCUACGCGAUCCAAUAUAUGGUUGUGUCGCGCACAUCUUCUCUCUGCAACAGCAGGUAGUCAGUCUGCAAGCACAACUAGAAUCUCUCAAAGCUCAGGCAACACAAGGGUAUGGAGAUGGUUGUUCGAUCUCAAGCCCUCAAAACGAUAGCUGUGGAAAUAUGUUAACGUCUAUUGUGCAAGAUGAGCAACAGUUUGUUGGCCCAACAAUGGCAAGUAACUCUUCAGUAAAGAAUGAGAAUCAUUCAUACAUUGCAAAUGGCCACUUGGCCCCUAUGUCAGCUCAAUCUUCACAAGGCUUUGAAGCAGAGUUGUGCAUGGCUGAGUACAGCAACACCAACCCUUGUUGCAGUGUGCAAGGGAAUUGGUAUCAUGACAUGGAGGACCUUCAGUCAGUAGCCUUUGCCUAUCUGAAUCAGGCAUGAGUUGAUGAUACAUAUGUGGUAGACUGCUAGAUACUGUACGAGUUGGAACGGUUUUGGUAACAAUAACUUACAUUCUUAUAGGAUGAACAUUCAAUUGCUAAAAUAAAGCAGCAGAGUUGUGAUGUAGCUGUUCAAAUAUUGCGAACACAUAAAUUUAUUUUGUGUCGAUAUGUAGUUCCAUAGUUAGUGAAAGUAAGUUGUCUGGUUUCUGCAAUACUAAAAUCGAUCUGUCCUGAAAAAAGCAUGAGUUGGAGGUUGAGAGGAAAAAUAUGAUUA